UGCUAACGUUUUAAAUAAAAUUUAUUAAAAUUUUCGUUUUAAAAUUUAAUUUUGACGGAUGCCACAGCUAUCUUAUAAUUUUAUCUCAUACAUAAAUGCCCGAGAUGACCAUGUCCGAUUCGGAGUCAGAUAACUCGGGAUCUGAUGGUGAUGUAAAUAAUAGCAAAAGUGGGUCUUCUUCUGAUAACUCUGGGUCUGAUAGUGAUUCUGGAUCAUCGAGUUCCAGUUCAUCAAGAUCUAGUAAAGGAAAUGAUUCCGAUUCCGGGAAUGAAAAUGAAGAAAAUUCACGUACUGCAUCGCCUGCCAAAACUAACGAAAACAAUGCAACUGCACCGCCAUCUCCAGCUGCCUCCGAUCAUAAUAAGAUAAAUCACGAUGAUGAGGAUGUUUCAAAUUCUGAUUCUGACGAUGGUCGAAAAUCAAAAAGUUCACGAAAAGAUACUUCGGAACGCGCGGAAAGUGAAAAUGACAAGAAAUCGAAAACUAGCAGUCGAAGAUCUAAAGCUUCAUCGUCAUGGAAUUCCGACAGUUCAGAUUCCGAGAGUGAUGUAGAACGAGAACGUCCUCCACCAAGUAAACGUGUUGGCGCAAAUUUACGACGCGUUCCACAAAAACCAGCAAUAAAUUCAAAUAGUAGCCAUCAUUCACGCCGUUCAACAAAUAAAAGUGUACAUAAAUCGAACUCGUAUAGCUCAGAAGAAUCUAGUGUUGAUUCCGAUGAUGAAAAAAUUAGUCGACAAGCGUCACGGCGUAAUGUACGUGGCGCAAAUGCAAUUAGUUAUAAGGAACAGAGUGAAGAGGACGCAACUGGUAGUGAAGAUUUAGUUGAAAUUGACGCUGAACAACAAUUAGCUGAAGAGGCUGCCCUAGAAGCGGAAGAAAAAUGUGAAACUAUAGAAAAAAUUUUAGCACAACGACGUGGAAAAAAGAAAGUUACGGGAAAUAUUACCACUAUUUAUGAAGUUGAAGAAAACGGUGAUCCAAAUGAAGGUGCGGAAAAUCUACCACUGGACGAAACAGAAAUGCAGUAUUUAAUUAAAUGGAAAGGUUGGGCCCAUAUUCAUAAUACAUGGGAAUCUGAAGAAUCAUUAAAAGAACAAAAAGUAAAGGGUAUUAAAAAAUUAGAUAAUUUUGUAAAACGAGAGACUGACUUAGAAAUAUGGCGAAAUCAUGCGUCACCAGAAGAUUUAGAUUAUUACGAAUGUCAAAUCGAAUUACAACAAGAAUUAUUAAAAAGUUACAAUAAUGUGGAACGUAUUAUUGCACAAUAUGAGAAACCGGAAAAAACCGGCAUCGAUUAUUAUGUAAAAUGGGAGAGUUUACCAUACGCAGAAUCAACAUGGGAAGAUUCAACGUUGUUAGAUAGAAAAUGGCCACAUAAAAUACGUGAAUUUCGUGAACGCGAAGACUCAAAACGGACACCAUCGCGCCAUAGUAAAGUAUUAAAAUAUCGGCCUAAAUUUCAUGAAAUUAAAACACAACCAGAAUAUUUUGGCGGGGAAGAUAACACAUCGUUGAUACUACGUGAUUAUCAAAUGGACGGUUUAAAUUGGUUAGUCCAUUCGUGGUGUAAAGAGAAUUCAGUGAUAUUAGCCGAUGAAAUGGGUUUGGGUAAAACGAUCCAAACAAUAUGUUUUUUAUACUAUUUAUUCAAUGUUCAUCAUUUAUACGGUCCUUUCUUGUGUGUUGUGCCCUUAAGUACGAUGACGUCAUGGCAACGAGAAUUUCAGCAAUGGGCCCCCGAAAUGAAUAUUGUUACAUAUCUAGGGGAUGUUAAUUCACGUAAUGUGAUUCGACAAUUUGAAUGGUGUUACAAUAGUUCAAAACGACUGAAAUUCAAUGCUGUUUUAACCACAUACGAAAUUGUAUUGAAAGAUAAAGCAUUUUUGGGUAGCUAUAGUUGGGCUGUACUGUUAGUUGACGAGGCGCAUCGUUUAAAAAAUGACGAUUCACUGUUAUACAAAGCCUUAAUGGAAUUUGAUACGAAUCAUCGAUUAUUAAUUACAGGCACCCCAUUACAAAAUAGCUUAAAAGAAUUAUGGGCAUUAUUACAUUUCAUAAUGCCACAGAAAUUUGAUCAAUGGGAAGAUUUUGAAAAAGAUCAUGAAAAUGCUGCGACAAAAGGCUACUCAAAAUUACAUAAACAGCUCGAGCCAUUUAUAUUACGGCGUGUUAAAAAAGAUGUUGAAAAAUCAUUACCAGCGAAAGUUGAACAAAUUUUACGUGUGGAAAUGACGUCAAUACAAAAACAAUAUUAUAAAUGGAUCCUAACAAAAAAUUAUAAUGCCUUACGUAAAGGGGUCAAAGGCUCAACAAAUACUUUUUUAAACAUUGUUAUCGAAUUAAAAAAAUGUUGUAAUCAUGCGCUGUUAACAAAACCCACUGAAUAUGAAGCUCAAACCAAUCAAGAGGAUCACAUUCAGCAAUUAUUACGUGGUUCAGGAAAAUUAGUGUUAUUAGAUAAAUUAUUAGUACGAUUACGUGAAACGGGACAUCGUGUUUUAAUAUUUUCACAAAUGGUUCGUAUGUUGGAUAUCCUAGGUGAAUAUUUACAAAAAAGGCAUUUUCCAUUCCAACGUUUAGAUGGUAGUAUAAAAGGUGAAUUACGUCGACAAGCGUUAGAUCAUUUUAAUGCUGAAGGUUCACAAGAUUUUUGUUUUUUAUUAUCAACAAGAGCUGGUGGAUUAGGUAUUAAUUUAGCAACAGCCGAUACUGUGAUCAUUUUUGAUUCAGAUUGGAAUCCUCAAAACGACUUACAAGCGCAAGCUAGAGCUCAUCGUAUUGGGCAAAAGAAUCAGGUGAAUAUUUAUAGAUUGGUAACGGCGCGUAGUGUCGAAGAAGAAAUUGUUGAGCGUGCUAAACAAAAAAUGGUGUUAGAUCAUUUAGUUAUUCAACGGAUGGACACAACAGGUCGUACUGUACUCGAUAAAAAAGGUUCAUCGAACAAUACACCCUUCAAUAAAGAGGAUUUGACAGCUAUACUUAAAUUUGGUGCCGAAGAAUUAUUCAAAGAUGAAGAUGAUAAAGACGAAGAACCUACUUGUGAUAUUGAUGAAAUUUUACGGCGUGCUGAAACACGUGAUGAAGGUCCAACAAUGGCUGGUGAUGAAUUAUUAAGUGCAUUUAAGGUAGCCAGUUUUGCCGCAUUUGAUGAGGAUAAGGAGCCAGAACCGGAAGUGUCUGGUGUUGAUGAUGAGAGCAAAGAUUGGGAUGAUAUUAUACCAGAAACGCUACGGAAGCGUGUUGAAGAAGAGGAGCGUAGUAAGGAAAUGGAAGAUUUAUAUUUACCGCCACGGAGCAGGAAAACCCUUCAACAGAUUAAUCAAUCCGAUAGUGAAGGUGAUGGUGAAAGAGGGAGCCGUAAACGUAGACGAGCAGCUGGUAACGAGGACACAUCAUCAUCGGACGGUGAAGGUGGUUCAGACGAUGACAGACCGAAGAAACGUGGUCGUCCACCAACUGGUGCUCGAGAACGCAUCAAAGGAUUCACAGACGCUGAAAUUCGUAAAUUUGUCAAGAGCUAUAAAAAAUUCAGUGCACCUUUAAAACGUUUAGAAGCGGUGGCAUGUGAUGCCGAAUUACAGGAGAAACCGUUAGCCGAACUUCGUAAACUUGGUGAAAUGUUACGAGAACGGUGUCUGGCGUAUAUGACACCAAAUGAAAAUGAUGAUGCUACUACUGGUGCCGAUGGUAAAGAUGCAAACGGUCGUAAACAACGAGCCCGUGGACCAUCAUUUAAAUUAGGUGGUGUAUCUGUCAAUGCAAAAACAAUGAUGCAAUGUGAGAAAGAAUUAGAACCAUUAGACACGAUUUUACCAUCCGAUGCGAAUGAAAGACUCAAAUGGAUGUUAGAAAUUAAAACAAAACCAGCACACUUCGAUGUGGAAUGGGACGCACCAGAAGAUUCAAAAUUAUUGAUUGGUAUUUAUCAAUAUGGUAUGGGAUCAUGGGAAGCGAUUAAAAUGGAUCCAUCAUUAGCGAUUGGUGAUAAAAUAUUAGCAAAUGGUGAUAAGAAACCUCAAGCCAAACAUUUACAAUCUAGAUGUGAAUAUUUGUUACGAAUAUUACGAAAGAAUAUUGAUUUGAAACAAGGUUUGCCGAAACCGAAAAAACAACGAAGAGCCAAAGAAGUGAAGUCAAAAGAGACAACAGGGGAACAUGAUGAAAUUAGUUCAGAUAAUGAUAGUCAUAGUAUGUCACAUACUCCAUCCGGAAAGAAACAAUCUAGAUCUCAAGAAAAAACUCAUAAGGUGAAAGCGAAAUCAGAAGAUGAAAGUAAAGAUGAAUCAUUAGACAAAGGUCGUGAAAAGAAAGCGAAGAAGGAUAAAGAAUCAAAGAAAAAGAAACAAGUUGGUCCAAUGCAUUUUACAGCGAACAAUGAACCACGUGCGCUUGAUGUACUGGGUGAUUUAGAUCCAUCCAUAUUUAAUCAAUGUAAAGAAUUGAUGCGUCCUGUAAAGAAAGCAUUAAAAGCACUAGAUAAUCCAGAUCAAUCGUUAGAUGAAACUGCUCAAGUGAAUCACACACGUGAAUGUCUGUUACAGAUUGGUAAUCAAAUUAAUAAGUGUUUAACGGAAUAUGAAAAAGAUCCCGAAAAGGCAAAAGAAUGGCGAAGUAAUUUAUGGUAUUUUGUAUCAAAAUUUACGGUAUUUGAUGCGAAAAAAUUGUAUAAAAUUUAUAAACAUGCUGUGAAAAAAGCGAACGCAAAAGAAGGUAAAGAGGAAAAGCCUACAAAAGAUAAACAUACCGAUAAGGAGAAAGAAAAGAAGAAGAAAUCAAAAGAUAAGGAUCACCAUCAUCAUCACAAGGAUAGCAAGGAUUCUAGAACGAAUGAUAUGGAUACGUCAUCAUCACAUUCAACAAAUAAACGGCGAUUAGAUGAUAAGGACGAUUCACAUAAAGAUAAUAAACGAAUACAUCACAGUGAUCGAUCUGACAGAUCUCGAGAUUUAGACACAUCGAAUGAUCGAUCUUCUUGGUCUGGUAAUAUUGGUCCAGUGGCUGCGGCAGCCUCAACACCACAAAGAACAAAUAUACCACCAUACAAUAGGCACGAUGUAAAUCCAGGUGAUACACGAGCUCUUUAUGGUGAUCAAGCAAUUGAUCGUUGGCAAUCAUCAAAUGGUCCACACUCUAGGGAGAGAUUUACUGGAAGUACAAGUAAUGAUCAUAAAAGAGGUGGAGAACGUUUUGAUGGUUAUUCAAGAGGGCCAGUGAGUGCGGGUUAUCAUCGUGGUGAUCGUAAUCAACCUAGAAUUAACGAUAAACGACGAUUCCAUCCAGGUGGUGGGGGCGGCGGAGGCAGUUACAAUAGUCAUUAUGUAAGUGUUCAAUAUUCAUCAAGUGGUCCACCUGGUAUGUUUCCACGUGAUCGUUUCUCCGGUACAAAUGAUUGGCGAAAUGAACGUGACUAUCGAAAAGAUUACAAUCGUCGUGAACCACCUUAAAGAAUUUACCUUUACCUUAACUACAAAAACAAAUUUCUUUUAAUUUAAAAAACAAGCAAAAAAUUACCUCAUACUUAAAAAAAAAAUAUUUUACUGUGAAAAACUUACGGAAAAGUGUGAGAUGUUAGUGUUUUUUUUUUUCUUUAAAAAAAAAAAGGAAUUUUCCUAAAAAUUAUUCAUCAAAAUUUUCAUCAUCGUGUGUAGAUUAAAAAAAAUUAUAUAAAUUGGUACUGCGCAAGUGUUGUACAGAUUUUGAAACGUGUGAAAAAAAUAAUUUUUUUUUGGGGCCGAACAGAAACGUUUUUAUUUAAAUUAGUGCAGACAGAUCAGUCUCAAAAAAAAAGUGUGUGCAUUUUUCAGGCGUAAUUUACUCAAAUAAAAAGAAAAAAUCUUUUACGUCUCCUAGUUUUCAAAACCAGAAAAAAAAGUUUAGAAAAAUAAUUAAUUGCAAGAAAAUUUUGCUUUUUGUCAGAGAAUAAUUUUCCUUUCUUUUUUUUUUCUUGUACAGAUAUUAUAUUUAAGCAUAAGUUUUUCGAAAAAUUUCCAGUUGUAAAUACUAGUUGAUAAGUUCUCUAUUCCCCCUUGAUUCCCCCCCACAACACAACCAUCCUGUUAAUUACGAUUAUAUAUCAUCUAUUAAAUAUUAUUUGUACCAAUCCAGUUAAUAAAAAAUCGGUGCAUCCAAAAGUUGUACCCAAAUUUUGAUUUGAGAACAAAGUGUUUCAUUUAGUCAUUCCUAAUUUAAGUUGAGAGCAGAUAUAUACCAAAACUUUAUAGUAACUUCAGAACUUAGACUUUUUGGAAUAUUUAACUCUUAGUCCAUCAUAUUUAAAAGUAUUUUUUUUUUUCAAUUUCGUUCCAAUUAUUUUUCUAGAACUUAGUUUAAGUUAGGUUGGUGAUCCUGGGGUGGGACACACUUAGACCAUAGGGUCCGUUGUGAUACCGAAAAAGAGUUGGCCCAUCCCAGACCACUACUCCAUGAAUCAUUUGGAGCUGUUUAAAAAGAGCAGGGAUGCUUUGACGUCAACGGAUUUUAGGUCGGAGAAAUCGUUAAAGAGUGGUUGACUCAAAUAAGUCCAUCUCCUUAUAGCAAGAGCUGGACAGUGACAGAGAAGAUGAGACAUCAUCUCUUCCUCCUCCUCACUGUAGCAACUCAUGCAAUAGUCGUGAUACACUAUCUGACCCAGGCGUUCAGCUAACCGUAGGUCCAUCUAUGUUUUAUUAUUUUAACUAUAUUUAUUUAUGAUUUGUAAAUAUGUUUGAUUUUUAUUAUAAAUUUACUUUGAGAUAUAGAUUAUCAAAUUACUUUAUGUUUUUAUUUAUGAUUUAUAAAUUAUUUCUACGAAAUUUUAAGAAAUUAAUCAAAAUAUUUGUUUAUGUGACAACGCUGUAAAAAUACGGCACAUCACUGAAACGCGAUCAGCUCUGUCCGGCGAUCAGCAAUUUCCUCUUUUUCCAGCUAGAUAAUUUUUAUCUAUUUUUCCCAAUUUUUUAAUUUGGUACGCUCCGUUAUAUGCUGCGUUAGUUUCCAAACUUGAUCAUAUCGC